GCCACUGCACCCGGCCUCAAGUAAAUUCUUUAAAGUUAUAUUUUGUGUCUCAGCUUCUGCCUUUAGGUAAACAAGAUUCAACUGUGCUGUACACAAAUGAGAGGCCAGUAGAGGCCCGGGUGGGUCAUGGAAACCCUGGAGAUUUGGCCUCAGAGUUGGAGCUGAGAAGCCCCCAGGUUAGGGGAUAAUUGAAACACAGUGUUUUCUAUGGGGUUGGGAUCCAUUUCAGCCCAGCUGGGGCCUGUUUCUUUGAAUUUUAGAAAGCUCUGUCAAGGUCCUGCCAUACCUCCUGGUAUGAUACAAUCACAUUAUCCUUUUCUCUGUGUCCUCUGAUGUCCAGUUUUUUUGCAUGAUCCUCACAACGUCCUUUUGAGAGAAAAGGAAGGAAAGACCAGCCCUUUUCACAGAUGAAGACACUAAGAGCCUCAGGGACACGGCAAUUCUUGUGGGAGCCAUGAAGUUGAAUGAGAGGAGUGUAGCCCACUAUGCACUGAGCGACUCCCCAGCAGACCACACAGGCUUCUUGCGUACUUGGGGGGGGCCAGGGACCCCACCUACCCCCAGUGGCACUGGCCGAAGAUGCUGGUUUGUUCUCAAGGGCAACCUGCUGUUCUCCUUCGAGAGUCGCGAGGGCCGGGCCCCGCUGAGCCUGGUGGUGCUGGAGGGCUGCACAGUGGAGCUGGCUGAAGCCCCAGCACCCGAGGAGUUUGCCUUCGCCAUCUGCUUCGAUGCCCCUGGAGUGCGCCCACACCUGCUGGCGGCAGAUGGACCAGCGGCCCAGGAGGCUUGGGUAAAGGCGCUGUCCCGGGCAAGCUUUGGCUACAUGCGCCUGGUGGUACGAGAGCUGGAGAGCCAGUUGCAGGACGCCCGCCAGAGCCUAGCCUUGCGUCGCCACUCAUCCUGGAAGGCCAUUUCCAGCCGCUGUAAGCCCCAGGCUCCUGACUGUUGGUCUCAGGGCCUGGAGAACGGCCACUCCCUCCCCAGAGACUGCAACCCCGUGGGCUUAGUUGAAGAAGGGGGCAGCAGGUCAGCAGGGCGAGGGUUGGCUGAGUGGGAGUUGCAGGGCCCUGCCAGCCUCCUCCUAGGCAGGGGGCAGAGCCCUGUGUCCCCUGAGACCUCCUGUUUCUCCACCCUGCACAACUGGUAUGGCCAGGAGAUUGUGGAGCUGCGGCAGGGGUGGCAGCAGAGGGCCCGGGGGAGCCAGGCAGGAUGUGAGGAACAGGUUAGGCCCUGAGCCUGGGCCCUUUGAGUUUUGCCCCUGUCCUGCUGGUCAGGACACCAGGGCCAGUGUUUUUUCAGCCUAAUCUGAAAAAGUUAAAUGUUAACUCAUUUCCAAGGUUGCUUUUGGGGGGUGUUUCUCUCCUUGCUUUUCAGGCAUUCUCCAGGUUCCAGAUCCAAACUUGUACCUGCAGGGGACUGAGGAAUCAUUACAUCCAUCCUCUUUAUUUCCUGAGACACAGAGAGGAAAGGUGGCUUGCUCAGAGCCACAGAGCAAGACCCGGGUCUCCUGACUGUGCUGGACUGCCCCUCUCUUAGGGGACGUUAAUGAAACGGAAGAAGUGGGAACUGUUACAUGGCCACAGGUCUUGCUACCUUUGACUCACACACCAGAUUCUAUAGCACCAUUUCCAAUGUGGGGAGUGGUGUGUCAUUUGAAUACGGGAAAUUAGCUGUAGUAUUGGCUUGAGGGGCUGACAUUGUCAGAGAAAGUGGAUUUAUUGUUUCAUGGGGGUUUCUGGGACCCAGCUCUUCCUGACAGGGAUGGGAAGAUUCAGCAUGGGAUCCCCACCCUGCAGUUUGGGUAGGACCUUUUGGAGGGAGAGGGCCUGCAGCCAAUAAAGGGAUUUAUUCUGCUCAGAAAGUGUUGGGGCCCCCAUCCUGUCUCCCUGGCUGCCCUGUCAACAGAUAGUGUUGGGCACUGCCCCAGGAGGGGCUGGUGGCUUUUAUAUGUCAGCAGAAACCCCUGCUGUACUCUGUCCUCAGCAGCCAGCUCCUGGAGCUGCCAAGUGAGAAGCUGAAGAAGAGGUGGGAAGGCAGUGUGCUUCCUGGGGAAAGCCAGUUUGUCACUUUGGUUCUCAGUCCUGGGCAUUCUAGGAGCUUGGACACAGGAUUCGCAGAAUGUUGUGAUAAACUCUUCUCUCUGGGCUCCCAUAAAAGUGUUCCUGUUCCUGAAACUGCUAGUGAGAUCACCUGGGACUUCUUUUCACAGUCCUGCUUGUCAUUCAGGGUGUACUUACCCAAAUUCCUGCCAAGUGCUUUGUUUUUCUUUCUUUCUCUCUCUCUCUCUCUUUUUUUUUUGAGACAGCACUUACCACCAUGGCUGGCUUG